AUGGUGUCAUUCUGGCCCUUCAAGGGCGACGACAGCUCUGCCGCAUCCUUCGAGCGAACACUCAGCCAACUCUCCACGAAGAUCAACAAGGCCAGCGCACAGAACGACGGCCUACGUCAGCACCAGCGGCGUUUCAAAGUGCUGUGGACCUUGUACACCAGCUUUGCCUAUAUCCUGGUAGCACUCAUCCUCACACUGGUCACGGGUUGGGAGAGAUGGGGAGCAGUGGAGUACAGCGCGAUUGCUGGAAGCCCGGUGGUGAUUUUUGGCGUCCGGACAGCGCUGGAUGCCUACUACAACUACCGCCUCUCGAACUCGCAGAACCACCUGAAUGAGCUUUACAAGCAGCGGGAAGCUACGAUCGAGAAGCUGAAAACCGCAACCAAGUACAACAGCACACAGCAGCUGCUGGACAAGUAUGGAGGGACGCCGAAGAAGAGACAGCCUUCGCCUCAGCCUAAGAAGCGGAAGUCGGAGGGUGGGCAAGGCAAUCAGACUGCGCCGCAAGGAGGAAGGACUGGGUUCGUGCCGCCGCCUACAGCGAACAUACCUGGUAGACAGCCACCGCCAGGACCUAUGCUACCUGAAGGUGCACCUGGAUCGCGGCCAACAUCCGCUGGUAUGACCCAGCCCCGACCGCAAACGAGGGAAGGUGAUGAGCCAGGCGAAGAGUUCGCGCCGAAUGCUUACUCCGCGCCUUCUCGACCUCCCACGCUCCGGCAGCCCUCAGUACAGUCACAAUAUGCGGCAGACAGCCCGAAAUGGUACGAUCGCAUACUGGAUGUUGUGCUGGGCGAGGAUGAGACACAGUCGAAGAACCGCAUCGCUCUAAUUUGCCAAAACUGCAGGCUGGUGAACGGGCAAGCGCCGCCUGGGGUGAGGACGCUCGAAGAGAUCGGCAAGUGGAGGUGCAGUGCAUGCCACACGAUGAACGGCGUGGAGAGCGAGGAGAAGAAGAUGCUACAGCAGAUAUCAGGCGGUCCUGCGUCGCCGACUUCACCCAACGCGGUAGCAGAUACAGGGAGCGGGCUGGACGGCGAGUAUGAAGAGGUAGACCCAGAUGCUGGCGGAAGCGAGGACGAGAGCACACUUCAGGGCACCGCCUCCGCAGAGACCACAAUCGCAGGCUCAACACGAAGCAAAGCACGCCAGCGCAAGAAGGCAUAG